UCGGAUGAGGUUGUCGUCGACAGGUGAAUGGUCAUCAUGUAAAUUUUAUUUACGACUAAAUUAUUAUUCAUAAAUUUUACUAAUAUUUAGAUUGGGCAUGGGCAGGCAUUCACAAAAGGUCAUGUUAUUACAAAAAAAAUUAGAGGAAAUUUUGCUUUGACAAAAGGGCACUUUGGCCACCAAGGGGCAAAGGGGCAGGUGCUCAUUAAGGCCUCUUUUUCUGAAAUCGGUACUUCCAUUCAGUCAAUGAUUAACUUGUUUCUAAGUGCUGGGGUAGUCCCGAAAUGUUUCAAGCAUGCUGUAGUUCAACCUUUGCUUAAGAAACAGGGUUUAGAGGAAACUUGCCUUGAUAAUUAUCAGCCUGUCUCUAAGCUUUCAUUUUUAUCAAAACAUUUAGAAAAAGUCGUAUAUUCACAAUUGAUUUCCUUUUUGAAUACAGCUAAAUUAACAGAAACUCUCCAAUCUGGUUUCUCUGCUCAUCAUAGCACUGAGUCUACUUUGCUUAAAGUAUUCAAUGACAUUUUGCUUGCAGUUGAUAGUGGUAAAAAUUCAGUCCUGCUGCUUCUUGAUCUUACAACUGCUUUUGAUACAGUUGAUCAUGAUAUUCUCCUUUGCCGGUUAGAAAAUCUGUUUGGUAUUGGAGGUAUUGCUUUGCAGUGGUUCAACUCAUAUCUUAGAGACAGGUCUUUUUCUGUUGAGUUAGGUAAGUUUUCUUCAUCUGUUGCUCCUAUUACCUGUGGAGUGCCUCAAGGAUCCAUUUUGGGGCCACUUCUUUGUAAUUUAUAUAUGCGACCUUUGAGGGACAUUAUUAGGAGACAUAAUGAUUCAUUUCAUUUAUAUGCUGAUGAUACCCAGUUGUACAUACCAUUGAAAGCUGGCGAUACCAUUCAACCCUUAUUGGCCUGCCUUGAGGACAUCAAGAAAUGGCUGUCCAAUAGCUUUCUUCGACUAAAUGAAAAUAAAACUGAAGUAAUCGUCUUUGGCCCCCCUAAGUUGAGAAAUGGUCUCAUAAAUGAGCUUGGCAAGCAUUUCCCCUCAGUCUCCUCCCAGGUUAGGAAUCUUGGGGUCAUUCUGGACUCUGAACUUUGCUUAGCUAAAUUAAUCAAAUUAAAAUCAAAUUAAUACAGUUGUCAAGAACAGUUUUUAUCAGUUACGGAUCAUUGAAAUGAUCUGAAAUCAUUUUUAACUUUUAAUGACCUGGAGAAAGUCAUUCAUGCUUUUAUCACCUCCCGCCUUGACUAUUGUAAUUCAUUAUAUUUGGGUCUUCCUCAGUCAUCCAUUGCACGCUUACAGAUGGUACACAAUGCAGCUGCAAGACCGUUGACCGGGGCAAAGAAAACAGAUCACAUUACACCAAUUUUAGCCUCUCUUCAUUGGCUUCCUGUCUAUUUUAGAAUUCAAUUUAAAAUGUUGUUGUUUGUUUUUAAAGCUCUUAAUGGUCAAGUCCCAUCUUAUCUCUCAGUUCAUCUUAUUCCUUCUUCAUCCUCCAGAUCUCUAAGAUCUUCUGAUAGAGCUCUCUUGGUUGUCCCUCGUUCACACUUAAAAAUGAAGGGUGAUAGGGCUUUUUCUAUUGCUGCCCCCCGUCUCUGGAACCAACUUCCACUGGACAUUCGCCUUGCACCUUCCAAUACAACUUUUAAAAUGAAAAAGUUGAAAACAUAUCUUUAUUUCCAGGCAUUUUAAUUGGAUUUUGUCUAUGUUCUAUUGUUUUAUUGUAUCAUCUGUUUUGUUUAUUUUUUGUUUAUCUUUUGACUUUGUUCAGCACUUUGGUCAGCUCUGCUGUGAUAAAUGUGCUUUAUAAAUAAACUUACUUACUUACUUACUUAAACUGUGCCCUAAGAACACAAUCAAUCCUAUAAAAAACACUGAACCACCCCUUUAAAACAUCUUAAAAAUGCACAUAUGUACACCAGGGAAAUCUAGAUUUUCUAGGGGAGCAUGCCCCUGUACCCCCCAAACAAACGUCAUUUUCUGACCAGGGUAAUCAUGAAACCCUGCGUACGGCCCGGCUUAUAUUCUAUGUAAUGAAAUCUGAAAUGUGUAUUUCUACAAAUGUGCGCACUUUUGGACUAAAAGUUUGUAUGUGUAUGCGCUGUGAUCAUAAAUAAAUGGGCCAAACACGAUUGAAUGUAAAGGUUUGUGUUUUGUUAUUCUAUUAAUAACUACUGAAUGAUUUUUACUGAUUAUUAGUGUAAUAGUGUUGCAUUUUGUUUUAAAUAUCUCGAUUUCUAUGCACGACUUUUAUUUUGGAGUGACGACAUGACGUCAUAAGACUGCGCCGCGCUCCUGCAUCUGCUGUGAUUCUUGUGAUUCUGCUGAAGAAAGGUCAUUGAAGACUUUUAAUUAUUCUCUUCUUAAAGAUGGAGUUUAUUAAAGAUGAGACUGAAGACAUGAAGAUUGAUUUUAUUAAAGAUGAGUCUGAAGACAUGAAGAUUGAGUUUAAUAAAGAGGAGUUUGAAGAAAUAAAGACUGAAGAAACAUUCAGUGUGAAACAUGAAGAAACUGAGGAACAAACAGACCUAAUGGCACUGAAAGAGGCGAGUCAUGAACUUAAUGAAAGGCAAGAAGAGGAAGAACAUUAUUAUAAACAUCAUUUCAUGACUGGGGAAAGAGCAACACAGGGUUCCUCACAAAAAAGAGCUCAAAAGACUGGAACUAAGAGUUCUGGAGAGAAGCCUUUCACCUGCCAACACUGUAGAAAGAGUUUCAGACAUAAAAGAAACCUUAAAGUCCACAUGAUAAUUCACACCAGAGAGAAGCCUUAUUGCCAACAGUGUGGAAAGAGUUUCACAAGUGAAGAAAACCUUAAAGACCACAUAAGAAUUCACACUGGAGAAAAGCCGUAUACCUGCCGACAAUGUGGAAAGAGUUUCAGUCAAAAGGGAAACCUUAAAGACCAUAUGAGAAUUCACACUGGAGAAAAGCCUUAUACCUGCCAACAAUGUGGACAGAGUUUCCGUCAAAAGGGAAGCCUUACAGCCCACAUGACAAUUCACACUGGAGAAAAGCCUCACACCUGCCAACAGUGUGGAAAGAGUUUUAAUAGAAAAGGAAAACUUGAAAACCACAUGAGAGUUCACACUGGAGAGAAACCUUUCACCUGCCAACAAUGUGGACAGAGUUUCAGACAUAAAGAAACCUUUAAAUACCACAUGAGAAUUCACACUGGAGAGAAGCCCUUCACCUGCCAACAGUGUGGAAAGCGUUUCACACGUGAAAACCACCUUAAAGACCACAUGAGAAUUCACACUGGAGAGAAACCUUUCGCCUGCUACCAAUGUGGACAGAAUUUCAGUCAUAAAAAAAGCCUUAUAGACCAUAUGAGAAUUCACACUGGAGAAAAGCCUUACACCUGCCAACAAUGUGGAAAGAGUUUCAGUCAAAAAAUAAGCCUUAUAGGCCAUAUGAGAAUUCACACUGGAGAGAAACCUUUCACCUGCCAACAAUGUGGACAGAGUUUCAGUCAUAAAAUAAGCCUUAUAGUCCACUUGAGAAUUCACACUGGAGAGAAACCUUACACCUGCCAACAAUGUGGAAAGAGUUUCACACGUGAAGAAAGCCUUAAAGUCCACAUGAGAAUUCAUACUGGAGAAAAGCCUUUCACCUGCCAACAAUGUGGAAAGAGUUUCAGUCAUAAAAGAAGCCUUACAGUCCACAUGAGAAUUCACACUGGAGAAAAGCCAUAAGGCAGGAACACACUAAGCCGACAGUAAGUUGUCGGGUAGUUUUUGUUCGGCCGACUAAGGCUACGUCCACAUGAAGCCGGAGCUUACCCUAUCCAAUCUUUUUUUUUUUCUUCCUUGUUUCAAGAAAUAUCUGCGUCCACACGAAACCUCUGAAAAGAAUCAAAACAAUGUAGUAUACAUGCCAGACCAAUAUGUGGCUCUGUAAUUCUGUCACAGAGAUACACUUAAAGCAGCGAAUAAGACUUGGAGCAUGUGCAUAAACCUUGCGCACUGUAUAAAAACUAUAGUAAAGAUUAGAAAUAAUGCUUUAUUUUGGCUCAGUAGCCUCUGCAGCAUGAACACAAGCAUAUAGAGUCUGGUAUUGAUGUUGUUGUUCAGUCAGGACCACUUAAUUCAAAAAUUACAAGAGACAAAAUUUAGUAAAUUUUUUAUUGGCAUAUUUUGCUAAAGUUAGAAUUUUGCGGUAUGGCUCAGUUCUAAAUUCCCAGUCCUUUUCAUGAGCUCCAUGAAAAGCCAAGACCGGGAACAGCAGCAGCUUCUGGGGACAACCUCCCAUUUUUUAACUGGGAGAGCAACAGAAAAUCCCCCUAUUGAGAACAGAGCCUGCAUCAGUGACAACAGAAUGACACUGAUUAAGUUCAACACAAGUUUAAGGAGGAGGGUUACAAGCAGCGUGCAGUGGAAGCAGCCAAGCAAGCAGAGAGACGGAAGCUGCGUUUAAGUAAUGCGCCUUAUUUUAGAGUUGCCAAUGGAGUCCAUAGAAACCGGAUCAGCUGAUAUGGGUGUGGCUGGAAUUUGUGAAUCAGCUGAUAGCGGAGCUUGACUACGAGGCCUUCCUAAACUAACGCUGACGCUCAAUUUUUGUGCUGUUAGCAGUGUCUGACUAGGGUUGACAAAUGGGGUGAUGACACCAUAAAUUCUCUAAAUUUACGGAUAGGCUGUACACACAAAAACGCAAAGACGCCGUUUUCAGAUUUAUCCACUCUGGGGGCCGGUUUCAAAAAUAGCGGUUUUACCUUCCAAAAUCGCCAGAUCUGUGUGGACAAAACGCCUAUCCAAUACAAAAUGUGUGUGUAUUUACAAAAACGUGUCUCCAUGUGGACGGGCCUAAGUUUUCUCAGUGUGUUCCGCAGCAUCGGCUGAAGUUGGUCCUCAUUGACUUUUUUUUUUUCUGCCCGAUUCGACAUGUUGAAUCAGUAUCGGAGCUCCUCGGUCCAUCUGAUCAUUCUUAUUGGCUGUUCAGAUACUGCCACCUGCUGGCUUGGAAAGGCAUUUCAUCUUACCCAGGCGCAGAAGGGGCGUGCUGCUUGUCCAUCAGCUGUCAAGCAUCGGUUUGGUGUGUCAGGGCAACUCUGGACACAGACGCUGCCAACGUGAGCCCAACCCGCAGUCUGCUUUCAGCGCCACUAGUUCGUCGGUGUCGGCUUGGUGUGUUCUUGCCUUUACACCUGCACUCUGUGCAGGAAUGGCGUCACAUAGGAAUGAAGCCUUAGGGAAUACAUGAAUAUUCACACUGAAGAGAAAGAGUUUCACUCGAAAGAGAGCUGUUUUAGAAGUCACUGUGGAAACUGCCUGAAAACAAUUCUUGAAUAAAAGUACACAUACUUUACAAUGAAAAUGACUCUGUUACAAGUUAAAAGUGACCAAUUCUAAAGCCCCAGGUAUACUUCGGCCAUCCGCGUUCGUGCACCGUCCGCAUGACGUAAUUUUUUUAUCAUGAGGAGGGCUCGCGGCCGGCCGCACACCCUGGCCGCGUGCAGGCCAAAUUUCGAGACCGCGCGGACAGUCCGCGUGCAACAGCGCAUGCGCAAGCAGUAUAGAGGAGUCCACUAGGUGGCAAUACGCACAGUAUUGAGCACAGUGUUCAGCUGUCAAAAAAGAGUGUGAAAAGACUGGUUUAAAAAAAAGAGAAAAACACGACAAUGGACAGCGAACUUGACCAGCGUUUGUGCGAAGAGAUUAGAAAGUAACCACAUUUGUACAAUUCAUGUUUGAAAGAGUACAAAGAUGUCUUUAGGGUGACAAAUUCAUGGAGGGGGAUAAGUAAAAUAUGGGAAAGGAUGCACUUCUUUUCUUCUCCGAUCAUGCCCAGUGAAUGUCACGUUGAUGACACGACUCAGUGCUGCUCUCCGAUGUCUGGUAGAGCAUAGAAAAAAGGAUGUAGUGCGCAUGUGACAAACGCGGUCAUCCGCGCGCAUCCGUGGUGUAGUAUACUUUGAAAGACGCGCGGACGGGACUGCGCGCGUGACGCGUCCGGGCGCGGAAAGUGAAGUAUACCCGAGGCUUAAGACAACUUGAGUAAAAGUCUCGGAGUAUCUGAUUUUAACUGUACUUUAUUUUACUCAUGCUGAAUUUAGGCUUGAAGAUGCACUAGUCCUCGACACUAGUCCAGAAAUGCCAGGGAAAAUAAGAAAAAGUUGGCAAAGUGCAUGAUAUUCUGGGGUAGUCCCUCCAUGUAAGCAUUAGGUACCUGGAAGACUUUAAUAAGAUUGUGUAGACAUUAACACUAUCCUGCAGACUAUAGUUAACAUGAACUAACAAUACUUUAAAAGGCUUUUCAAAUUUUGGCUUAUGUAAUUUUCAACAAAUGCCAAUUUUUAUGCUAUUAAAAUAAAGUAAUGUGGUAUCAUUAAGAACUAACAUUAAAGGGUCUUGAAACCCCAGAACACAUUUUUUGAGCUGUGAACAGAUAUAUAUAUAGGCUGCACAUCAUUGAAAACACUAAAGGUACUCAGUAAUUUUAUUUAAAAGUUGAAAUUAAUUAUUUUGCCGUUUUUUAGAGCGAUUUCUGUCUUCCGGUUUGAAAAGCAAAGUCGGAGCAACGUCACAAAAUCUGACGUCAUCGGUAUUCAGUGGUAUUCAAUAUUCAGCAUGAAGAAGCAUCACUUCUCUUGCCUCGGUCUCUUGUCAUUCAGAGACAUAUCAUUGGUGUUUGUUUCCUCAGUGCUACAAUACAAAAAUAUGUUUUCCUACGAUGCAACCAGAGCAAAAGCUUGAGUGCAUGUGGAUUGUUUUGCUGUAAUCUACCAGCACAAUUUGUUUGCAUGAGAUCGCAUUACAGCGGAAAAUUCAAAUGUCACUAAAGUGCUGUUCAUUCACCUCUGCGUUCGGACACAUGAGCCGUAUGUAUGUUUCCCUCAGCACAGCAGAACAUGAGUGUAGGGUCUGCACAGUCUCAAGGAUGAGCAGGUCCCACCAUAAACUGUGUUUAAGCCUCAAUUCACGGAACUUUGGUUUGUAAAUCUUACAUCGAUUCCGGCCCGGCAGACACUAAUGGAUCACGAGACUCUUUUUAUGACUGUUUCGAUAAGUCCCCUAACCUCUCCUCCGCGACUUCAAAGGGGGUGCAACACCACGGAUCGGGUUUCUAGGGACCAGGUCCAAAUUCCAAACGGUCAUAAAAGGAAAAUACACGCACACACCCACAGACACACACACACACACGGCUCCCCUACAUAGAGACUGUAUGCACAAACAUUAUACCUACAAAUAUGAAUGUAUCUGCCAUUGUAGUGCUCGCUGCAUGUAUGUGUUACUAGUGUAGAAUUGUAGAAUUGACUGUAGUAGGUUAGUUUUCAUGUGAAACUGUAGUAAUAGAGUGUAAAGGGUAUCUUCUUUAUAUGACGAGGGACACCUGUCGAGUUUGAUUUCUCCGUAAAGCUGUGAAUCCGAGCUAUUCACUGAUGUACGUUACAUGUCUGUCAAAUGCAUCGUUCAAUGUUUAAUAACACUAUGAAGAAAAUGCAUUGAUUCAACAUACCAUAAAUUUAUUCGGGAGACAGGACAAAGGAAUGUGGAAACCCGCCAAAUUGCAACGCUAGCAUUGGAGGACGUUAUCAAGAAGGCGUUCUGGUCUGUUGUCUUUAAAACACCAUGACACGCGUCUUUUGGUGGCACAAGUUUUCUGCACGAGUUCCUGCCGUCAAGACGGACUCUCUUCUUUAUUUUCCGGUCAUAUUACAACAGUUAAACCUUCGUUUGAAACUUCGCCGAAACAACCUCCGGACGAAGAAGCAACUAUCAAACCGAGCGCUCCGAAACUCCAAGCACCCUGACUAACCUAUGCAAGUAUAACGUUUUUACGAUUUUAAAUACUGAGUUUCCUUGCUGGCUCUUACAGGUGAACGGUUGCAAUUUGACCUGCUUUGAUCAUCUCUUUCGUUUCUGCCUUUCCUUCUACUUUGUAUGUAUUUGUAUUUACUUGUGUCCAUUUAGCCGUAUAACCUGUGUAUUACCCGUUUCGUAUAUUAAACUCAUUAUAUCCAUG